AGCCUUGACGUGCCCCUUUCUUCUCUCUCCGGAAAGCUGGGAAGCAUGAGCGUGCAGAUCUGCCGCUGCGGCGGCCGGCCCGGCUCGUCGCCUCCCCCCGUUCUGGCCGCCCAUCGCCGGUGAGAGAAGAGAACGCGAGAAAGGAAGAUGGGGGCCGUCCUGAGGAGCCUCCUGGCUUGCAGUUUCUGUGUGCUCCUGAGAGCGGCCCCUUUGUUGCUUUAUGCAAACAGACGGGACUUGCGAUUGGUUGAUGCUACAAAUGGCAAAGAGAAUGCUACGAUUGUAGUUGGAGGCUUGGAGGAUGCAGCUGCGGUGGACUUUGUGUUUGGUCAUGGCUUGAUAUACUGGAGUGAUGUAAGCGAAGAAGCCAUUAAGCGAACAGAGUUUAACAAAACUGAGAGUGUACAGAAUGUUGUUGUCUCCGGAUUAUUAUCCCCCGAUGGGCUGGCAUGCGAUUGGCUUGGAGAAAAAUUGUACUGGACAGACUCUGAAACUAAUCGGAUUGAAGUUUCUAAUUUAGAUGGAUCUUUACGAAAAGUUUUAUUUUGGCAAGAGUUGGAUCAACCUAGAGCUAUUGCCUUAGAUCCUUCAAGUGGGUUCAUGUACUGGACAGACUGGGGAGAAGUGCCAAAGAUAGAACGUGCUGGAAUGGAUGGUUCAAGUCGCUUCGUUAUAAUAAACACUGAAAUUUACUGGCCAAAUGGACUGACUUUAGAUUAUGAGGAACGGAAGCUUUAUUGGGCAGAUGCAAAACUUAAUUUCAUCCAUAAAUCAAAUCUGGAUGGAACAAAUCGGCAGGCAGUGGUUAAAGGUUCCCUUCCACAUCCUUUUGCCUUGACGUUGUUUGAGGACACGUUGUACUGGACUGACUGGAAUACACACUCUAUUUUGGCUUGCAACAAGUACACUGGCAAAGGUCUGCGUGAAAUCCAUUCUAACAUCUUCUCUCCCAUGGAUAUACAUGCCUUCAGCCAACAGAGGCAGCCAAAUGCUACAAAUCCAUGUGGAAUUGAUAAUGGUGGUUGUUCCCACUUGUGUUUGAUGUCUCCAGUCAAGCCUUUUUAUCACUGUGCUUGUCCAACUGGGGUCAGACUCCUGGAGAAUGGAAAAACCUGCAAAGAUGGUGCCACUGAAUUAUUGCUUUUAGCCCGAAGGACAGACUUGAGACGUAUUUCUUUGGAUACACCGGAUUUUACAGACAUCGUUCUGCAGUUAGAAGACAUUCGUCAUGCCAUUGCCAUAGAUUAUGAUCCUGUGGAAGGCUAUAUCUAUUGGACUGAUGAUGAAGUGAGGGCCAUCCGCCGCUCUUUCAUAGAUGGAUCAGGCAGUCAGUUUGUGGUCACUGCCCAAAUUGCACAUCCUGAUGGUAUUGCUGUCGACUGGGUUGCACGGAAUCUCUAUUGGACGGACACUGGCACUGAUCGGAUAGAAGUGACAAGGCUCAAUGGGACCAUGAGGAAGAUCUUGAUUUCUGAAGACUUAGAGGAACCUCGGGCUAUUGUCUUAGAUCCCAUGGUUGGGUACAUGUAUUGGACCGACUGGGGAGAAAUCCCGAAGAUUGAGCGAGCCGCUCUGGAUGGUUCUGACCGAGUUGUGCUGGUUAACACUUCUCUUGGUUGGCCAAAUGGUUUAGCCUUGGAUUAUGAUGAAGGCAAAAUAUACUGGGGAGAUGCCAAAACAGACAAGAUUGAGGUUAUGAAUACUGAUGGCACUGGGAGACAAGUACUCGUAGAAGACAAAAUCCCUCACAUAUUUGGGUUUACUUUGUUGGGUGACUAUGUUUACUGGACUGACUGGCAGAGACGGAGCAUCGAAAGAGUGCACAAAAGAAGUGCAGAGAGGGAAAUCAUCAUAGAUCAGCUGCCUGACCUCAUGGGCCUGAAGGCCUCCAACGUUCAUCGAAUCAUUGGUUCCAAUCCCUGUGCUGAGGAAAAUGGGGGAUGUAGCCAUCUUUGCCUCUACAGACCUCAGGGCCUGCGCUGUGCCUGCCCCAUUGGCUUUGAACUCAUCAGUGACAUGAAGACCUGUAUUGUCCCAGAGGCUUUCCUUUUGUUUUCCCGGAGAGCAGAUAUCAGGCGAAUUUCUUUGGAAACUAACAAUAAUAAUGUGGCCAUUCCACUCACUGGUGUCAAAGAAGCUUCUGCUUUGGAUUUUGAUGUGACAGACAACCGAAUUUACUGGACUGACAUAUCACUCAAGACCAUCAGCAGAGCCUUUAUGAAUGGCAGUGCGCUGGAACACGUGGUAGAAUUUGGCUUAGAUUAUCCAGAAGGCAUGGCAGUAGACUGGCUUGGGAAGAACUUGUACUGGGCAGACACAGGAACUAAUAGAAUUGAGGUGUCAAAGCUGGAUGGGCAGCACCGACAAGUUUUGGUGUGGAAAGACCUAGAUAGUCCCAGAGCUCUUGCAUUGGACCCUGCUGAAGGAUUUAUGUAUUGGACUGAAUGGGGUGGAAAACCUAAGAUAGACAGAGCUGCUAUGGAUGGAAGUGAACGUACUACAUUAGUUCCAAAUGUGGGACGGGCAAAUGGCCUAACUAUUGAUUAUGCUAAAAGAAGGCUUUAUUGGACAGACCUGGAUACCAACUUAAUAGAAUCUUCAAAUAUGCUUGGACUCAACCGUGAAGUUAUAGCAGAUGAUUUGCCUCAUCCAUUUGGCUUAACUCAGUACCAGGAUUACAUCUACUGGACGGACUGGAGCCGACGCAGCAUUGAGCGUGCCAAUAAAACCAGUGGCCAGAACCGCACGAUCAUUCAGGGCCAUUUGGAUUAUGUGAUGGACAUCCUCGUCUUUCACUCCUCUCGGCAGGCAGGAUGGAACGAGUGUGCCUCCAGCAAUGGGCACUGCUCCCACCUCUGCCUGGCUGUGCCAGUUGGAGGUUUUGUUUGUGGAUGCCCAGCCCACUACUCUCUUAAUACCGACAACAGAACUUGUAGUGCUCCUACCACUUUCCUGCUCUUCAGUCAAAAGAGUGCCAUCAACCGGAUGGUGAUUGAUGAACAACAGAGCCCUGACAUCAUCCUUCCUAUCCAUAGCCUUCGGAAUGUCCGGGCCAUUGACUAUGACCCACUGGACAAGCAGCUCUACUGGAUUGACUCACGACAGAACAUGAUUCGAAAGGCCCAAGAAGAUGGCAGCCAGAGCUUUACUGUGGUUGUGAGCUCAGUUCCCAGUCAGAACCUAGAAAUACAGCCCUAUGACCUCAGCAUUGAUAUUUAUAGUCGCUACAUCUACUGGACUUGUGAGGCCACCAAUGUCAUUAAUGUCACAAGAUUAGAUGGUCGAUCAGUCGGAGUGGUGCUAAAAGGAGAGCAAGACAGACCUCGAGCCAUUGUGGUAAACCCAGAGAAAGGGUAUAUGUAUUUUACCAAUCUUCAGGAAAGGUCUCCCAAAAUUGAACGAGCUGCUUUGGAUGGAACAGAACGGGAGGUCCUCUUUUUCAGUGGCUUAAGUAAACCAAUUGCUUUAGCACUUGACAGCAGGUUGGGCAAGCUCUUUUGGGCUGAUUCAGAUCUCCGACGAAUUGAAAGCAGUGAUCUCUCAGGUGCCAACCGGAUAGUAUUGGAAGACUCCAAUAUCUUGCAGCCUGUGGGACUGACUGUGUUUGAAAAUUGGCUAUAUUGGAUUGAUAAGCAGCAGCAAAUGAUUGAAAAAAUUGACAUGAUGGGUCGAGAAGGUAGAACCAAAGUCCAGGCUCGCAUUGCCCAGCUUAGUGACAUUCAUGCAGUAAAGGAGCUGAACCUUCACGAGUACAGGCAGCAUCCUUGUGCUCAGGAUAAUGGUGGCUGUUCACAUAUUUGCCUUGUAAAAGGGGAUGGUACUACAAGGUGCUCUUGCCCUAUGCACCUGGUUCUCCUUCAAGAUGAGCUGUCUUGUGGAGAACCUCCAACAUGUUCUCCUCAGCAGUUUACUUGUUUCACGGGGGAGAUUGACUGUAUCCCUGUGGCUUGGCGUUGUGAUGGCUUUACUGAAUGUGAAGACCACAGUGAUGAGCUCAAUUGUCCUGUAUGCUCUGAGUCUCAGUUCCAGUGUGCCAGCGGGCAGUGUAUUGAUGGUGCCCUCCGAUGCAAUGGAGAUGCAAACUGCCAGGAUAAAUCAGAUGAGAAAAACUGUGAAGUGCUUUGUUUAAUUGAUCAGUUCCGUUGUGCCAAUGGUCAGUGCAUCGGAAAACACAAGAAAUGUGAUCAUAAUGUGGAUUGCAGUGACAAAUCAGAUGAACUGGAUUGUUAUCCGACUGAGGAGCCAGCCCCACAGGCCACCAAUACAGUUGGCUCAGUUAUUGGAGUCAUUGUCACCAUUUUUGUGUCUGGAACCAUAUACUUUAUUUGCCAGAGGAUGCUGUGCCCACGUAUGAAGGGAGAUGGAGAAACCAUGACUAAUGACUAUGUAGUUCAUGGACCAGCUUCUGUGCCACUUGGUUAUGUGCCACACCCAAGCUCUUUGUCAGGAUCUCUUCCAGGAAUGUCUCGAGGGAAAUCAGUGAUCAGCUCCCUCAGUAUCAUGGGUGGAAGCAGUGGACCCCCCUAUGACCGAGCUCAUGUCACAGGAGCCUCCUCAACUAGUUCUUCAAGCACCAAAGGCACUUACUUCCCCGCAAUUCUGAACCCUCCGCCAUCCCCGGCCACAGAGCGGUCCCAUUACACAAUGGAGUUUGGUUAUUCUUCUCCCAGCCCUUCCACUCACAGGUCAUACAGCUACAGGCCAUACAGUUACCGGCACUUUGCACCUCCCACCACACCCUGCAGCACAGAUGUUUGUGACAGUGACUAUGCUCCCAGCCGGAGAAUGACCUCAGUGGCAACAGCCAAGGGCUACACUAGUGACUUGAACUAUGACUCAGAGCCUGUGCCCCCACCUCCCACACCUCGAAGCCAGUACUUGUCGGCAGAGGAGAACUGUGAAAGCUGCCCACCUUCUCCGUACACAGAGAGGAGCUACUCGCAUCACCUCUACCCGCCGCCGCCCUCUCCCUGCACAGACUCCUCCUGA